AACGUUAUUGGGGAGGAAUAGAUAACAAAAUAUAAUCAAAUGUCAUUCACUCCUAAUCGUAAUUAUAAUUAAACUUCAUUCAGUUACCGAACUUCGCCGAGUUUGUUUAUUAAUUUACGGAACAAUUCCUUGCAAAAGAAGAAAGUAAAUAAAAUAACAAAUAUGUCCUCACUGACGGAAGAAAGCGUACGUCGCAACAGCGAAAGCGAAGGAGGUGAUGCUGAAACGCCUGAACAUGACCCUCACUUCGAUCCGAUUGUGUCGCUGCCACUCGUGGACAUUCCCACCAACGAGGAGGAAGAGGAGGAACUCGUGAAGAUACGUGCCAGGCUCUACAGAUACGACACUGGUGAUCAUGAGUGGAAGGAAAGAGGUACAGGUGACAUAAAGUUACUUCGCCACAAAAUAAACAACACAGUCAGAGUGGUGAUGAGACGUGACAAGACACUCAAAGUUUGUGCGAACCACUUCAUCACGCCGGAUAUUAGAAUGAACGUCCACUGUGGUUCAGAUAAGGCAUUCAACUGGUCCGUCUUUGCCGAUUUUGCUGAUGAACAAAUGAAACAGGAAUUAUUGGCCAUUAAGUUUGGAAACCCUCAGAAUGCUGAACUAUGGAAGAAGAAGUUUGCGGAGGCUCAAGAAAUAGUCAGAACAAAGUGCAGUAUUUACACACAGGACCUGUCUUCUGAUGACGAGAGCAGCAUCACUAGAAGUGAAGACACGGAUUCACCGGAGCCCAAGCAUAAUGAGAAAAAAUCUGAUAAAGAUGCCAAAAAUAUUGAAAAAGAAGAGACGGAAUCUGAUGGUGUAGUCCUAAAAUUGAAAGAACUUAAAGUUGAAGGAGCUGAAUAAUUUCGUUUUCUUUUUUUAAUUCUUAAAGUUAUAAGAGGCCAACAUGUAACUUGGAUGUUGUCAGACAACUAUAUUUUAAAUAUAACAAUGCAUUUACAAUAAAUCUAUAUUUUUCUUUUAAUGGCUUGUGAUAGUAAUGGUAUGUUCGUAUUAUUAUUUCAAUUUUGUAUUGGACUAAUGUCAGUGUGCAAGUUGACUCAAACAGGGUUCAGGCAUUUAGAAUCUGACUGAUGACAGUUUCAAUAAUAAUAAGAAAAAAUAUGCAUGUCGGAGACUGUCAUUAGUACGGACACUAAACGUCAUGCAUAAUAUUUUUGAACGUUAGUCUUUCAUCUUUUCUCAUUUCAGAAAUUGUAAUUUCAGUUGUAGAAUUAUUACUGUUGGCAAUACUUUUAACAAAUUCAAAAAUUAGGCCUGAAUAAAUGUACAUUUAGGAUUUGAUAUUCCAUGGAAACUCGAAUAAGUGUAUUAUAAUAAUUAAAUGUAAGGUGAUAUUUUGAGUGGAGCAAUGUCUAACACGGUUUCCCAUUUAAUAAACCAAUGGUUUUUAAUAGGCUUUGAAUAUUAACACACACAUUAUUUACAUACUAGCAUUUAGCCCAUCCUUCAGAUGAGACAUAGGGCUCACAGAAGGCUCUCCCAUUUCUUUCCACCUUGAGAAGCAAGAUUAGUAUAUAAAUUAUCCUCGUACCACGAAAACUCGUUGCAGUAUUGCUUCACUCGAAAUAAUGACGUAUUCAACAUAGGGCACCCAAAUUAAUGGCAAGAAUACCUGCCAUUCACUUGGGUGCCCGGUGCUAGAAAUAAUACAUUGAUUUUUAUAUGUCGUCAAUCAUUACAUAUCAAUUAAAUUGUCAUAAACUAUAGUUUUAGAAAUAUUUGUUUCUGUGUCGGGAGUAUAUUUAGCCUUAUUUACCAUAUAGUUUAUGUCUGUGAACAGAAUUUUUAAUAUGUCAUGAUAUAUUCAAGCUAUAUUAUUUUAGGUAGAGGCUACUGAUUUUAUGUACUUGUAGCAAUUUUUAGGUUACUAUUUUUAGCUACUACUAGUUUUAAUUGUGUAGUAGUUUUGUUGCGCUUUGCCAUUCGCGUUUCGCAAAAUGAGCUGUCACCAUGUAAUUUUGGCCUCACAGAUUUCUGCUUCAUGUUAGAAAAUAUAUUUACAGAUAAUGAUGAUGAGUUAUUGAGAUGUUGCAAGGAAUUGAAAUGCUUUAGAUGUUAAGUAGAUGUUAUAAAGAUAUACACUUAUUGAUGUUCACAUGUAGAAUUUAUCUUAUUAUACUCUUGACACAUAUUUCAAAAUUACCUCGGUUUGUGGACAAUUUAUUUCGUCAAAGGUAAUUUUUCAUAUUUUAUGUGUUUGAAAAUGGUUUUGUCACAAUAGCAUGUAUUUUACAUUCCAAUAUCGAUUGCAUUGUAAUAAAAUAUUGCGAACACGAGAUGUGACGAAACCGAUGGUUGAAUUCAUAGUUUUAAUUUUAUACAUUUGAAAAGCUGAAUAGAUGUAUUUCAUUCGUAAA